AGACACUUGUAGCAUCAGCUUCUUUACAUUUCCCACACGCGUCCACAGCUCACAACUCUCGUCACUGCUUAGUUAGUAGUGAUAACAUAAUAUUAUCACCAAAUGGCGUACCGCUUGCUUCUUCCUAUAGCUGUGUUGCUUUUCUGCAUAUUACAGGUUUCAUCCGAAGCCCAGAUUGAAGACAAAGAAGAAAGCCAGGUGGUUGUGAAAGGACCAAACAGAAGGCUCUUGCCAUUUUUGGACUGUGAAGGAUUAUGUAAGGUGAGGUGCAGCAAACACUCAAGGCAAAACGUGUGCAAAAGAGCAUGUGGGACGUGCUGCGACAGGUGCAAGUGCGUCCCUCCGGGCACCGCAGGCAACAGAGAAAUGUGUGGAACGUGUUACACCGACAUGACCACUCAUGGCAACAGACCCAAGUGCCCUUAAUUAGACUAGUCCCUGUUCCGCUAGAACCAUAUUGAGUGACCAGACCACCUUCUCUAUUUUGUUGUAUUUUUGCUCUGUUUUUAGGCUAAGGUAACGUAUAGUACUUUUGAAUAAUAUAAUAUAUGUACUGUAGGUUAUAUGAACUUUGAUGUAUAUGAGUAUGUGUUGGUGGUCUAUGUUUCUUUUCUAUAUUGUGUCUUUCUUAUGUGGGUGUAUCAUGUACAAGUUUAUGGAUUUCUACAAUAAAAAAAAAAAAA